AGCCACAUCUCGCGAGACUUCCCCGUCCGUCUCCUGCUGCUGAGCGCUCUCCCACAGCUCCUGGACUAACGUGAGAGCAGACAGCAGCAGCGCCAGCAGAGGUCCCGACCAUGCCAGCUCCAGCCCAGGACCGAUGCAUCCAUGCAAACAGCCUUAGUGGGACCGCCAUUGCAUCAACCUCACUAAUCUGAAGCUGGAACCAGAGGAUCACCAUCUUUAAUGGCUCGCUUGUCAUAUAUGCGGAUUAAAUACCUCUUCUUGUCAUGGCUGGCGGUGUUUAUUGGCAGCUGGGUGAUAUAUGUUCGAUACAACUCGUACACGGAGCUCUGCAGGGGACAUGAGUGUAAAGCUACCAUUUGUGACAAAUACCGAAAAGGGAUCAUUGACGGAUCAGCCUGUGAAGGUCUCUGCUCCAAGGAAACAAUUUAUUUUGGGAAAUGUUUGUCGACCAAGCCAAACAACCAGAUGUACCUGGGAAUCUGGGGGAACCUGGAAGGGGUGAUAAAGUGUCAAAUGGAAGAUACAUUACAUCUUGAUUUUGGAGCUGAAUUAGAGCCAAGGAAGGAAAUUGUACUAUUUGACAAACCAACGAGAGGUACCACCGUCCAAAAGUUCAAAGAGAUGGUACACAAUCUUUUUAAAACAAAAUUAGGCGACCAAGGUAAUCUCCGUGAUCUAGUAAACCUCAUCUUAGCAGCGGCAGAUGGUAAUAAAGACGGGCACGUGUCUCUUCCUGAGGCCAAAUCCGCAUGGGCACUUCUACAACUCAAUGAGUUUUUGCUGAUGGUGAUCCUUCAAGACAAGGAGCACACCCCAAAAUUACUGGGAUUCUGUGGGGAUCUAUACAUAACAGAGCGUGUACCGUACACCUCACUGUAUGGAAUAAGUCUACCGUGGAUUUUUGAAAUAUUUGUUCCUCAAGGACUGCGAAAACGGAUGGACCAGUGGUUCACCCCAUCCUGGCCUAGGAAGGCCAAGAUAGUGAUAGGUCUUCUCGAAUUUGUAGAAGACAUUUUUCACGGACCUUACGGAAAUUUUCUUAUGUGUGACACAAGUGCCAAAAACUUUGGUUAUAACGACAAGUAUGACUUGAAAGUGGUGGACAUGAGGAACGUUGUUCCAGAUAUGCACUUGAAGGACACAAUCAAAGACCGGCCAUGUGAAGUGGACUCCGACUGUGUUUAUGGUACUGACUGUAGCACUGUGUGUGACCAAAGCAAAAGGAAAUGUACCGCAGAUGUAAGCCAACCAAAUCUAGCAAAAAUUUGUCUGUUAGUGAAGGACUACCUAUUUCGAGGGAGCCCUUCUGAAAUACGAGAAGAACUAGAGAAACAAAUCUACUCCUGUAUUGCCCUGAAAGCUGCUACCAAGAACAUGGAGAUGCAACAUUCAUUAAUUUUAAAUAACUUAAAAGCUCUUUUAUGGAAAAAGAUCUCACAUACUAAUGAUUCAUAAUGUCUGGGAAAUGUUUCCACUCCCAUACAACCGAAACUGCGGGGGGUGUUUUAAAGUUAAGUUACCUUUUUAUGUAACAUUUUUCAUUUUUUAUUUUUUUUCUCUUCUUCUAAUAUCUUCACCUCUUUAAAUCUGGUGACAAUACAAAAAAAUAGUAUUUCUUCAUUAAGCCAUUCAUGUGUCAAAUUUUCCAACAAACUGGUGUUCCAUUUUACGGUCAACUUGUCAUUGACAUCAAGCGUCGACUCAUUGAAUCUUGCUCCAAAGGGACUGGUAGCACGUGAUAUGCACUUAUGUUGCCUCAGAUGUUGGCAAAAACUCGUCAUUCAUAUGAUCAUGUCUUAUUUGCUGCAUUUGGGAUGUUACAAUGCUGUGAAAUUUGCCUCCUUCUAAUGGUGUAACUUAAGGCGUUUUUAUAGAACAUGAACUCUAUUAUAAUAAUUUUUUUUUUUUUUU